CGGGCCGGCGAGAGGCGCGAUGGCGGCUGCUCAGGGGGAGCGGGAUGGGGAUGAAAGAUGUCGAAAGAUGGAGGUGCGAAGGCCGGAACAAGGUGACGGGUCAUUGCAAGUCACUCCAAAACCUGAGAAGACUCGCGUCAAAUUGGUUCUGUACCAUUGGUCACAGUCUUUUUGUUCACAGAAGAACAUGGUCGGUCCACUCUGGAGCCACGGAUUGGAUUGGAUAACUCCCUUAGGUUCUACACUCUGUCUCUGGGUCCUCCCUUUUCCUAGAAAUUCACGUGGAAAAGAAAAGGAACUAGAUUAGAUACAGUUCGUUUGGUUAUUGCAGAAAAAGGUCUAAAAUGUGAAGAGUAUGAUGUUAACCUACCAUUGAGUGAGCACAAUGAACCUUGGUUUAUGCGUUUGAACCCAGCAGGAGAAGUACCUGUAUUAAUUCAUGGCGACAACAUUAUCUGUGAAUCCACUCAGAUCAUUGACUACCUGGAGAACACCUUUGAAGAUGUAACCAUCCCUAAAUUGUUGCCAGAAGAAGGAAGCCUGUAUUAUCCACGAGUACAACAUUAUCGAGAACUACUAGACUCUCUCCCUAUGGAUGCCUAUACCCAUGGCUGCAUUCUUCACCCAGAGUUAACUUUAGACUCCAUGAUUCCUGCAUAUGCAACCACUAGAAUUCGCAGCCAAAUCGGAAACACUGAAUCUGAGUUAAAAAAGCUUGCUGAAGAACACCCAGAAUUGCGUGAAGCAUAUUUAACAAAGCAGAAACAAAUUAAGUCCAAGAUACGGGACCAUGAUAAUGUAAACUACCUGAAAAAAAUAUUCCAUGAGCUGGAAAAUGUUUUGGACCAGGUGGAGACUGAGCUACAGCGAAGGAUUGAGGAAACUCCAGAAGAAGGACUUCAGCCAUGGCUCUGUGGUGAGUUCUUUAGUCUUGCAGAUGUAUCUCUCGGUGUAACAUUGCAUCGGCUGAAGUUUCUUGGACUUGCCAGAAAAUACUGGGGAAAUGGAAAACGGCCAAAUUUAGAAACUUAUUAUGAUCGUGUGUUACAGCAAAGGACUUUCCGAAAGGUCUUGGGAAAUGUGAACAACAUUUUACUGUCAGCAGUACUGCCUACUGCUUUUCGGGUUGCUAAAAAACGUGCUCCAUCAUUUUUGGGAGCUAGUUUUAUAGUAAGUCUGCUUGGAGGAAUUGGGUAUUUAGCCUUUUUGUUCCUUAAAAAGAGACUGUCAUAAAAUUUGUUGGCAUGAACUUAAUCAGAUUCUUGGUAAAAUAACUGAGGAAGAGCUGUGGUAUCUACAAUUUCAUUGCCGUUAUAAAGCUAAAAUAUAGCUGCAUAAAGACAAUGCGGUAACUUGCUUCCUGUAGUAAAGAAAUUUUCUGUCGCUACUUUAUUUUCAGAGAGCAAGGUUGCAAUAUAUGGAAAGUUUAAAGAAAUUUGUGCACAGUGCAACCCAUUUGUUACAGAACUACACAAACCUAUCUAUUCAUUUUUGUAUUUGCAGCCAAUUUUAGGUAGUAGACUAUGAUGUCACAUCCUAAUGUUUCUGGGUUACAGCAUGUUAACAAUUCUAUGAUGCACUUGGAUAAUCUUCAGUCUAGAUGUGAAUCACUUUGGUUCAAAGGUUAAUCAAAAAUCUAUUCUCCAACCUAAGUUCUAUUCAUGCCAUUCUUUUCUGUCUAGCCUCAGUUGUGUCCCUGAAUGUGCAUCAUAGGCAUCAUUCUUGCACAAUCUAGUUCGAGAUAGUGUGCACUGCAUUGAUCUUUACAGGCUAUUUGUUUAACUUGGGAAUACCAUUUCUAUAUCAAUACUCAUGUACUUAAAUAAAGGCAUUAAGAAAA